AUGAAUAGCAAAUGUAAAAAGAUACAAACAAUUGAACUACAUGAGUUCCGCCCAUUCUCUUUUUAUUUAACAAUCACAAUAGCCGAUUUCGACAUUAUUGCAAGAACUCAAAUGAAAGCAGAAUAUUUGACUUCAGAGUCCUCUGUCGGGUUAAGGACCAUCGAUCCGAAAAAGAUAUUUGAUUUAUUUGCAAUGAGUUAUGCCGGUGUAAAAAAACGGUUCCCGUCUGUGGAUAGUAAAAGUGAGAAUCAUGAACAACAUUAUUAUUCCAAUCAUAAUGAACUUGGCCCCGUUGAAUAUGGACGUUUAGUCGGUGCAUGGGAGUCGGGAGGAUGGUUUGCGGAGAUUGGCAGUCAGUUUCUUAUCCCUAAAGAGACCGUUAGGGAUGCUAUAAAUCUGCAUACUAAAGCCAACUCCCCGUUGCCAUCCAUGAGAAACGGGGCUCAGAAGAACAUUUCCAUCGAACAGGAAACUCAUUUAAGAAUUGCCAUCCGUCGCAAUCCAGUUAACAACUAUACUGAUAAUUGGAAGGCCGCGGUCACGACAGGUUUGGAGGUAUCUUUGGCGACAUACCGCAAAUGCAUCAAGGAAAUGGGGUCUACCAAUGUAAAAUCGCUGAAGUACCCCUUCUUACGGAUGUCCAAAAGAAAAAGAGACUUUUGUGGCGUGAGGAUAAGGUGA